GGUGGCGGCCGGAGAACAACAAGCCCCGGAGCCGGAGCCGGGGGGGAGCGGGACGGGACGGGAUGGGCGACAGCGGGCGGGACUGUAGAAGCCCAGACAGCUCCUCCCUGAGCUCAUCCCCACAACCCCCUCCCCGGGGGGGCCCCCCCCCUUCUCCUCCUGGGCCCCCCCUGGCUCCCCUACCCUCUGCAGCUUCAUCCCUCCUAGGAACAGGAGGCCCACCCCAACUACCACUUGGCUCCCCCUUCCCUGUCAUCAGCUCCUCCAUGGGGUCGCCUGGGCUGCCUCCCCCAGCCCCUCCUGGACCCUAUGGCCCUGUCAGCAGUCCCCAGAUUAACUCCACAGUGUCACUCCCUGGGGGAGGGUCCGGCCCCCCAGAAGAUGUGAAGCCGCCACUGUUGGGUGUUCGAGGCCUGCACUGUCCACCUCCCCCAGCAGGUCCAGGGGCUGGCAAACGUCUUUGUGCAAUCUGUGGGGACAGGAGUUCAGGCAAACACUAUGGGGUCUACAGCUGUGAAGGUUGUAAAGGUUUCUUCAAGCGAACCAUCCGAAAGGACUUGACGUACUCAUGUCGGGACAACAAGGACUGCACUGUGGACAAGCGGCAACGGAACCGCUGUCAGUACUGCCGCUACCAGAAAUGCCUUGCCACGGGCAUGAAGAGGGAGGCGGUACAGGAGGAGCGUCAAAGGGGCAAGGAGAAGGACGGGGAAGGGGAGGGGGCCGGGGGGGCCCCUGAGGAGAUGCCCGUGGACAGGAUCCUGGAGGCUGAACUCGCCGUGGAGCAGAAGAGUGACCAGGGCGUAGAAGGCCCGGGGGGGGCCGGGGGCGGCGGCAGUAGCCCAAAUGACCCUGUGACCAACAUCUGUCAGGCAGCAGACAAACAGCUUUUUACACUGGUUGAGUGGGCAAAGAGGAUCCCGCACUUUUCCUCUCUGCCUUUGGAUGACCAGGUCAUCCUUCUCCGAGCAGGCUGGAAUGAGCUCCUCAUCGCCUCCUUCUCUCAUCGUUCCAUCUCCGUCAGGGAUGGCAUCCUCCUUGCCACAGGGCUCCAUGUCCAUCGAAACUCUGCUCAUUCAGCUGGUGUUGGAGCCAUUUUUGACCGGGUGCUGACUGAACUGGUGUCCAAAAUGCGUGAUAUGCGAAUGGAUAAGACAGAACUUGGCUGUCUGAGGGCAAUUAUCUUAUUCAACCCAGAUGCCAAGGGCCUCUCCAACCCUGGGGAGGUAGAGAUUCUGAGGGAGAAAGUCUAUGCAUCUUUGGAGUCAUACUGUAAACAGAAAUACCCUGAGCAGCAGGGACGGUUCGCAAAGCUGCUCCUUCGUCUCCCUGCCCUCCGAUCUAUUGGCCUCAAGUGCUUGGAGCAUCUGUUUUUCUUCAAGCUCAUCGGGGAUACACCCAUCGACACCUUCCUCAUGGAGAUGCUAGAGGCACCACACCAGCUUGCCUAACACUGAAAAUUAGAAGGGGGGGGAUGACCCUCAUACCUGGAUGGAGGCCUGGAGGGAGGCUGGAAUGCAAGAUGGGCCCCAAACCGUGGGAGGUAAGGGUGGGGAAGAAAGCUUCAGGACCUUGGAUAGAGGACAGAACUAAAUUUAAACCCCCAGGGGGUUUACACCAGUUCACGUGAUGCCAGCAUUCAAGGAGACCCCGGAACCCUGAGAGGGAUGGGGUGGUCCCUGUCCUCAGCUGGCCUGGUCCUCUAACUUAUAGGGGAUGGCCAAGUUUUGAACUGAGUUCUCAUACUGGUAAAUGAUUCCCCUCACUCCCCCAUCUAUUCCCUCAGUACAGCACUGGGGAUCUGCUGUGCUUCUCUCCCAGGACCCUGUUCCCCUGUCUGGGGACCUUUUGAGCUCGUUCCCCUUCCUCCCUAUUUUUCCAAUAAGACAAUUGAAACGGGGGCUCUGUUCUUCACUCAGAGAAAUGGACAUUGGGGGGCAGGACCCCUCCACACGAUGAUGGACAUUGGCCAUGGGGCUCAUGCCUUCCUCUCUUACGAAGACAUGGAAAGAUUGUGGGAGAUGGUAAUAGUGACUGGGAGAGGAAUCUCUCUGAAAUCUUCAUAGCCUGGCUCUUAGAUCCUUCUUUUUAUGGCCAUCUUCCUUUCCAGUCAGACUGAAAGAGAGUAGGAUGGGGAAGGAUAGACUCUCUUUUUAUCCUCCUUGGUUUGCUGAGGUUUUACAGGGAGAGCCAGGGUUAGUCUCAAAGAUCUUCCCACUGGUGAAAGAGAAAUGGGUUAGGGGAAUGGUAUAGGUUUUAUCCAUCCCUGGGGAUCUCCAUGCAUGAGUGAUUUGUCUUCUCCCAAAACUUCAUCCUUUCUAUCUGCCCAAUCUUGUUGGGCAGCCAAGGCAGGGAGACGAGUGAUUUGAGUAGGGAGCUGUUCAAGAGAGAUGCUUUUGAGAUGAUAACGGUAAUCACUGACCCCCGCACCCCCCAAUUCCUGAUUACACCACCUCCCUCCAUAAUCAUGUCUUCCCAGUACUCACAUAAACUUUUUGCCCUGCCCUCCCUGACUGGGAGAGCUCCUGGUUUGAGGAGGCAGGGUUGCUGCAGGGAUUGGAGGAAGGGGUCAAUCCUAGGGAAAGGGGAGGGGGUGACUUCUGGGGCCUGCAUGAUUCUAUAGGUUCCAGCUCUCCCACAGAACUUUUCCGAAAAAAAAAAAUGCUUUCAAAUUAAAGCCGCUGCUUUUCUGGA